AUGCUGGGUCGGCAGGCUUUUGAGGAGACACCGGCACGUCACUACACAGCGCUGCUGAUGAGCCUGUUCCCUUACCUCUGCAACUGGGCCAAGCUUGGCAAUGCAAACGAGGGCAUCCAGAUGAUGGGCCAAGCCGGCGGCCUCGUGUUCAGUGUCAUGAUCACUUGGCUCUUCUGCCUCUGCAUCGACAGCGACUUCCUGAAGGCAACGAUUCUUUCCUUUGCCGCAUUUGGUUAUGCCUCUUCGGGCAACGAGAAAUUCGGCUUCUACGGAAAAGAGGACCACGAGUACAACAACGGCUGGUGCUGGGCAGUGCCUUGGUCAUUGGCGACCGUGUUCUUCGCGGCGCAGGUGGGCUUGCAGCGUGCGGGCGUCAUCCAGGGCCCGUACGGCGAGAAUUGCAGCGAGGAGGUGCAGAAAAUCGAGACGUAA